UGAAUAAGCAAGCAAAGUAUUAACAACUCUUUGAGAGAUUGUGACAAACAAACGUGAAAGUGUUUUUAACACAAAGUGAUAUAAAUAUUUUUAAAAGUUCUACAAAGUAUAAUAUUAAAAAGUUUAUAGUGAAAAAUAAGUACAAGAAAAACACAAGUCAAAAUGGUAGCAAUCGGUAUUGAUUUGGGAACAACAUACUCCUGUGUUGGUGUCUUCCAACACGGCAAAGUGGAGAUUAUCGCCAAUGACCAAGGCAACCGCACAACACCCAGUUACGUUGCCUUCACAGAUUCAGAGCGACUCAUUGGCGAUGCGGCGAAGAAUCAGGUUGCGAUGAAUCCAAAGAACACAGUAUUCGACGCAAAACGAUUAAUUGGACGAAAGUAUGACGAUCCGAAGAUCAUGGAGGAUGUCAAACAUUGGCCUUUUAAAGUCGUGAGCGAUGGUGGCAAACCAAAGAUCUCUGUCGAAUACAAAGGUGAGAACAAACGCUUUGCGCCAGAAGAAAUCUCAUCAAUGGUGUUGACCAAGAUGAAGGAAACCGCUGAGGCAUAUCUAGGCACAACAGUAUCAGACGCCGUCAUCACAGUACCAGCAUACUUCAAUGAUUCACAGAGACAGGCGACUAAGGAUGCCGGUCGUAUUGCUGGUUUGAAUGUGCUACGAAUCAUUAACGAACCCACAGCAGCCGCCUUGGCCUACGGUUUGGAUAAGAAUUUGAAAGGUGAACGUAAUGUACUGAUCUUCGAUUUGGGCGGUGGUACUUUUGAUGUAUCCAUCUUGACCAUUGACGAGGGUUCAUUGUUCGAAGUGCGUGCCACCGCUGGUGACACACAUCUUGGUGGUGAAGAUUUUGACAACCGACUGGUCAACCACUUAGCUGAUGAGUUCAAACGAAAGUACAAAAAAGAUCUGCGUUCGAAUCCAAGAGCAUUACGUCGUCUACGAACAGCAGCCGAACGUGCGAAGCGUACCUUAUCAUCGAGCACCGAAGCCACCAUCGAAAUCGAUGCAUUAUACGAAGGAGUGGACUUCUACACGAAAGUAUCACGAGCUCGCUUUGAAGAAUUGUGCGCCGAUCUAUUCCGUCAGACCUUGGACCCAGUAGAGAAGGCGUUGAAUGACGCGAAGAUGGACAAGAAUCAGAUACACGAUAUUGUAUUGGUUGGUGGUUCCACACGUAUUCCAAAGGUGCAGAGCCUACUACAGUCGUUCUUCUGUGGCAAGAGUCUGAAUCUUUCAAUCAACCCAGAUGAGGCAGUGGCAUAUGGCGCAGCCGUCCAAGCUGCUAUUCUAAGUGGUGACAAGAGCAGUGAAAUUCAAGAUGUGCUAUUGGUCGACGUAGCACCAUUGUCUUUGGGUAUCGAAACAGCUGGUGGUGUUAUGGCAAAAAUCAUUGAACGAAAUUGUCGAAUACCAUGCAAACAAACUCAAACAUUCUCAACAUACUCAGACAACCAAAGUGGUGUCACAAUCCAAGUGUACGAGGGUGAACGUGUGAUGACCAAGGACAACAAUCGUUUGGGUACUUUCGAUUUAUCGGGCAUACCGCCAGCUCCACGCGGAGUGCCACAGAUUGAGGUUACCUUUGAUCUGGACGCUAAUGGUAUUCUGAAUGUAUCGGCGAAGGAGUUGAGUUCAGGAAAUGCCAAGAACAUCACCAUCAAGAACGACAAAGGACGUCUAUCACAAGCCGAAAUCGAUCGUAUGGUGAACGAGGCGGAACGUUAUGCCGAAGAAGAUGAACGACAACGCAAUAAGAUCACGGCUAGAAAUAACUUGGAGAGUUAUGUAUUUGGUGUGAAACAAGCGCUGGACGGCGCUGGUGAUAAAUUAAGUGCUCAAGAGAAGAGCGAAGCAUUGAAGGCUUGUGACGACACAAUCAAAUGGCUCGAUGCCAACACAUUGCCCGACAAGGAAGAGUACGAAGACAAAAUGAACACGCUCACCAAACUCUGUUCACCACUUAUGACAAAACUACAUAGUGGUGGUGCACAGGGAACAUCUUGUGGUCAACAAGCGGGCGGAUUCAAUGGUGGACAUACUGGACCCACCGUUGAGGAAGUAGAUUAAAUUUAUUUAUUAUAGAAAUAGAAUUCCCUUUGUAGAAAUGCAUACUUUUAAGGAUUUUUUCUCAUAAUGUUAAAUAGGUUUUAGAAUAAUUUUGUUAAGAUAGACUGAGUUUAACGAAUUUCUAAGUUUUCUAAUUU